GUGGCGGCGCUGCGUGAGGGGAGCCCUGAGGGCCCGGCCCGGCCCCUUCCCCCCGCCCCCGGCGCGGCUGCGCAGUGCGGUUCUGCGCUCUCAUCAUGGCGGCGCGGGGCCAUGUGCAGGACCCCAACGACCGGCGCCUGCGGCCCAUCUACGAUUAUCUUGAUAAUGGCAAUAAUAAAAUGGCAAUCCAGCAAGCAGAUAAACUGCUCAAAAAACACAAGGAUCUUCACUGCGCAAAGGUUCUAAAGGCAAUUGGCUUGCAGAGAACUGGCAAGCAGGAUGAAGCGUAUGCUCUGGCACAAGAAGUAGCAGCACUUGAGCCCACAGAUGACAAUUCCUUGCAAGCACUGACUAUUCUUUACCGGGAAAUGCACAGACCGGAGCUGGUAACUAAGCUUUAUGAGGCAGCUGUGAAGAAGGUCCCCAACAGCGAAGAGUAUCACUCUCAUCUCUUCAUGGCCUAUGCCAGGGUUGGAGAAUACAAGAAGAUGCAACAGGCUGGAAUGGCACUUUAUAAGAUUGUACCCAAAAAUCCUUACUAUUUUUGGUCCGUGAUGAGCUUGAUCAUGCAGUCUAUUUCAGCACAGGAUGAAAACCUCUCCAAGACGAUGUUUUUGCCACUAGCUGAAAGAAUGGUGGAAAAAAUGGUGAAAGAAGAUAAGAUCGAAGCUGAGGCUGAAGUUGAACUUUACUACAUGAUUCUGGAACGUUUGGAGAAAUAUCAGGAAGCCUUAGAUGUUGUGAGAGGAAAACUAGGAGAGAAGUUAACAAGUGAGCUGCAAAGCCGUGAGAACAAGUGUAUGGCAAUGUACAAGAAGCUGUGUAGGUGGCCAGAGUGCAACGCGCUGUCGAGAAGGCUGCUGCUGAAAAACUCAGAUGAUUGGCAGUUCUAUAUAACUUACUUUGAUUCAGUGUUCCAACUCAUAGAUGAAUCCUGGACACCUCCGCUGGAAGAAGAACAGUCUUUGGAAGGAGAGGUACACUAUUCUAUCGAGCAAGCUGUGAAAUUUAUAGAAGAGAGGAUAACAGAAGAAUCUAAGAGCGCUCGGCCACUUCGGGGACCAUAUUUAGCUAAACUGGAGCUGAUUAGACGCUUGCGUUGCAGAGGUUGUAAUGAUGAAUAUAAACUAGGUGAUCCAGAAGAACUAAUGUUCCAAUACUUCAAAAAAUUUGGGGACAAACCCUGCUGUUUUACUGAUCUCAAAGUAUUUGUGGAUCUCCUCCCAUCCAGCCAAUACACAAAAUUCAUCAGUCAGUUGCUGGAAGUAAUCCCCCUGUCAGCGGCAGCAGAGAGCGAAGUUGCACUGCCAGCUGAUAUCAAAGCCCUCCAGCAGCACUUGUGCGUGGUGCAGCUCACCAGGUUGCUUGGCAUCUACCAUGCCAUGGAUAAGAAGGAAAAGCUGACUGCGGUCCGAGAGUUGAUGUUAAGAUACCGCCAUGGAUUGGAGUUCGGGAAAACGUGUUUGAAAACUGAGUUGCAGUUUUCAGAUUAUUACUGUCUGCUUGCAGUUCACCUGCUGCUUGAUCUGUGGCUAGAGGAAGGUGAAGAAACAGCUGUGUGGCAGUGCCUCACUUUCUUAGAAGAAGGGUUAUCUCAUAGUCCUUCUAAUGCUCAGUUUAAAUUGCUGCUAAUUCGAAUCUACUGCAGGCUUGGUGCAUUUGAACCUGUUGCGGAGCUCUACUCCAGCCUUGAUGCAAAACACAUACAGCACGACACCAUCGGCUAUCUUCUGACACGCUAUGCAGAGUCGCUGGGCCAUUACGCUGCUGCAUCCCAAUCCUGCAAUUUUGCACUCAGGUUUUUCCACUCCAACCAGAAAGAUACCUCAGAAUAUAUCAUUCAAGCCUACAAGUACGGCGCGUUUGAGAAGAUCCCGGAAUUCAUUGCAUUUAGAAACCGGCUGAAUUCUUCCCUUCACUUUGCGCAAGUUCGUACAGAACGGAUGUUGUUAGACCUCUUACUUGAAGCAAAUAUAUCAACCAGUUUAGAAGAAAGUAUAAAGUCCAUGAGUCUGAGUCCAGAAGAGGAUGACAUUCCGUGGAAAGAUUUGCGUGACAACAGAGACCUGACAGUCCUGUUUAACUGGGAUCCAAAAGACAGGGACAUUUCUGAAGAACAUAGGAAACUCUCACUGGAAGAAGAAACCGUGUGGUUGCGAAUCCGGUCUUUAACUUUAAGGCUAGUAAGCGGACUCCCAACUCUUAGUCACACUAUUCAACCAAAGAACUCUGAAAAGACUGCAGAGAACGGCGUCUCAUCCAAGAUUGAUACAAUUCGAUCUCUGCUUCAGCAGCUGGAAGCGGCAGUGGAUUCAGGGAAGAAGUUUCUAGAACAAAAAAUUCAGUAUCCUGUCCUUGGCCCUCCUCCUACCCGAAUGGCUGGCUUCUUCAGUAAUGGCAGCUGUCAAUGCCAGACUAGCUUGUUUUAUCUUGUUAGUGAUAUUUAUGAACUAGAUACCAAUGGCUUAGAAGAUUCAGCAGAAAUCCAGGAGAGGAUAGGGAAUAGUUUCAAGUCUUUAAUAGAACGACUAACAGACUUGUUCAAUAAAUGUAAAGGUGACUUGAUUGAAGUCAGAGAUGGCACCUUGAAAACUCAGCCAAACCUGUUAGAAAACUUAGUCUUCUUUGUUGAGACGAUCUCCAUCACCCUGUGGGUAUCAAGUUACUGUGACAGUGUCCUCCGACCUUUUAAAUCCAACCUGCAAAAAAAGAAGAAGAAAAAAAAAGAAAGCAGUGUAGCUAUGCCACCUGUUUUUACACACUUCCUGGACUAUGUUACCGAACUACAGACGUUAACUUCCAAUGUAAUAGAUCACAUCAAAGGGCUUGAAAUAAUUCUGACUGCACUAAAACUUGAAGAGUUGUCCCUCAAGGACACUCUGCUUUUACAGGAAGAAAAAAAGUUUACAAAGACUGUGCAAGGAAAGGUCCAGAGCAGUUACCAUCACUCAGUUCAGGAAAUUGGAGAGCUGCUGAAAAAGAGACUUGACACUAUUAAAAAACUAAAGAUUUGAGAAAUCUUUGACAGACUCCACAGGGGAGUGACACCAGAGUCCCAGACAGAAGCAACAUCCGAUAUACCAUCACUUUAAUCCAGAACUUCCUCAUAAUGCAUGAAGGACUUAAAAUCAUAAAACAGUUUUUCUAGGUAUUACAGAUGUAUUCAGCUGACUUAAAUUAUUGUAUAUAAACAAGAAGCAGGGACCCUUCUCGGGGUUUGACCACUUUUUAUACAUGUUCAUAAGUAUAUUGCAACAGGAGAAAAUUUAACUUUCUUCCCUUUUGAUCUCUAGAAACAACUGGAGAUGGUCUUUAGAAGCAGCAAUAGAAAUCCAGUGUAAAGUAUAUAUCUCAAAGGAGUUGUAUUUUCAUCACCAUACAGUGUUUAUAAUUUUUGUAUGGUCCUUGCCUUAGAAAUGCAGAAAUCGUAGAUGCCCGCAUUCAGCCACCCGAUGAAACAAGCCAGUUUUGGAGCUGCCUAUUUUGUCCACAAGCCACCUGGUCCUACCGAAUUCGGGGGUUGGUCCAGCAGGGGGGUGCGAGGCUGCACUGGGGGAAUCCCCCCUUGCACGCAGCCUUCCCGCAUUGCCCAGCCUUCCGUUGUAGGGUGGGAGCGAGCCGUGCCUCGUUGCGCUAAGGGCUGAGCGUGGAGCCAGCUGCUGGAGGAAAGGGGUGGUUUUGUGUUCAGAAAAACUGCAGAGCUGAUGAGGAGCAAACUUGGCCGUUAAGUUCUCGAAAGAGAUGGGAAUUAGAGUUUCAGGAAAAAAAAAAAAAAGACAAAACCAGAGACCAUGUAUAUAAUAGCUGCAGUGAAGUCUGACACUGCGUUCUAAUUUCAUGUCAAUUUAAUGUAAAGCAGCAAUCAUCAUGACUUCUAAAGAAGUGUAUUUAGAUUACCAAAACUUUAAGACUUAAAUAUUUUCAUAGAAAUUAAAUCCUGUUGGCUUUGGUUUUAAGUUGGCAGAGGUAACUUUUGCUUCCGCUGUGGUAUGAGGCUGAGAAUACUUUUUAUAACUGUAUGCUUGCUUUUUGCAGUUGAUCUUUGAUUAUUCGAGUACUAGCUCGUUAGGCAUUCUCUUAGAAAGUGCAAUUGCAUCAUCUGCUCCUUCUGAAUCUGCAUUUCUGCUGUUUUUUUUUUUUUUUUUUCAUUCUAAAGGAGCAAUGCAGCCUAAAACUGGUAGGCAAAAAAGUACACGUUGCACCUACAAUCCGAGGGACAGGUCGGACUUCAACAGAUUCCUCAUCUUCUGAUCUAAAGCAGCUAGUAACUGAAGCCUAUAUUUAAAGUUCUAAGAGAGCUGACAAUCCUACUUUUGUCAUCUCUUCCGAAUAUGUUUUGUUAGAAAUGCUAGAAUGUUGAUGAGAGUAUUUUUUUAAAAUAAAUCCCCUGUGUAAAAAAAAAAAUUCACAUUGCUGCUCUUGCUGGAUUUAGUUUUGCUUUUGCCCCAUCCUGAAAGGGAAAGAAGGCUGUCUGCAGGUUGUCUAAAUUGUAAGGGAUGUCCUCAUGGUUUAACUGCGAUGUCUGGUAAGUGCUCUGGGCUGGAGGAAUACCAAAACGUGUUAAAGUCUGUUUUAGAGUAAUCCUUUUCCUGAACAAACUGAACUGUCUUAUACGUUGUAUAGAAAUACCAUUUUUGAAAGAAGGGUGUGUUCCUUAAAUUAAAGCAAGACUGAUGACUGACACUGAUGCUUUGAAAUGUGUAGGGUACGUGCUGAGAUUAUGCAAUUCACAGAGAAGCACUGAGCCAGAAAUCUGCACUGCCCGUUUUCGUUAAAGGAGACAAAUUGCCACUGCUGAUGUUCCUGUCCCAUCCCCUCCCUGUGGCAGUGUAAAUGUAGGUAGGGCUUCAUGCAAACACCAGCACUGAAUGCAGAGUUGACACAGCAUCCUCGUCCAGGGGCUGACUUCUGCUGGAAUUUCCUUGCACUGCUGCUGCGACAGGCUGAACUUGACCAGUUGUAUCAAUAAGAACAGCGACAAAAGUGAGGCAGGGUUAAUAUAACCAAGCUUUUAAAACCCUGUGGGCCAGAAAGCAGAACUUGUUCAAAAAAAAAAAAAAAUUUCUGCAUCAGUUCCCUUAAAAGCAGAAUUGAAAUUGCUGGGGGGAGGUGAGGGAGGGGAUGUGCAUUGUCUGAAGCGAAGCCUGAGAAGAGAUGACAGCAGGGCUCAGCUCUGGUGGCUGCUCCCUCAGCCCAUCCACAACCAGCACGGGGGGAAUGCUGACUGUGUGUGUUGCCUGCUGUUCCGUUUCCAGGUCUGGCCACAGGUGAAUGAUAAACUUGUCAAAUACAACUUGGUUCACUCAGUGUUUUAUAAACCAGACGCCAUCUCAUCACAAGCUGUAACUCCUCUCUGGGAGGAGUCAGUGGGGGUGCAAAAAUGACUGUGUACCGAUUAUUUGGGGGCUUGCUUGAGGGAGAGGGAGAAUUUCUCUCUCCUUAUAAAUUGUGUACAGUUAAAUAUAUUAUAUAUUUCUUACAAAAGAGCAUUUCCCUUCCAGAAUGUGUCCCCCUGGGACUUGGUAAGAAGUUCAAGCUAUCAACCAUUGCUGCUGUUCACCCUUUUCCACUCUUGGGGUUUGUUUUUUGUUUGUUUUGGUUUGGUUUUGAUGAUGAAUUGAAAAACAUACUUAGAAAAAGCUACCAAGACUACUGUUUACAGACUGAAAAAAAUACUGCUUUUAUACUACUGGGAUCAUGAGCCACGAUCCUUUUACAGAUUUCCUCACCUCUUUGCUUUAAGUUGGUAUCUAAUGUAGAUGAAGGUCAGAAAUCUCUUACCCUGCUUUGUCUACAUACCGAAGAAAAUGUACAAUGCCUGUUUGUGUUCCCCCUCAUUUUUGUACUUUUUACCAAUUUUAACUGUUCGAGAGUUGCAUUUAUAUUUUGCGAUCAUUGAUAAUCAUGGUGUUAUUUUAACCGUUAGUAAUCUCAAACGGGAUUUUUUUUGUUGUAUCUGCAGCCUUAUCUGAACUUUCUCUUCCUUGAUUAUUCAUUGUAAUUUAUGACUGUAGAAGAUACGUAUGCCUCAGCCUUCUACGGACUUAAGUGACACAACUGCAAACGAUCUGCUUUAAACUGGAUGGGUUUAUAAUUUAUAUAAAAGUCAGUUUCGUUACGAA